AUGAAGCCUACGUGGCUGGAAGAGCCCCAGCAUGGGAGUAAAGAUCGAAGGCACAGCGCCAGUCCCUUUACUGCAGACUACACAAUCAACCAGACCCUGCAUGGUCUUUCAAACAACCGACCGAGGCGAUUAACUAUAGAUAUUCCACCCGAUUAUAUCGGCCUCGAAACCAUAGUCUCAACACCAGGACCAUCGGAAAGCACAUCCAAACCCGAUUCAUUGACAGGGAAAGAUGACCGAAUAGAGGCGGAGCCGUUAUCGCUUCCAUCGCGUCCAGGCCCUUUGCCGAGGAAUAAUCCCAACGAAAAGGAGGGUACAUGGCUUCAGCGUAGAUGGAGCGAUCUCAUCACCUUUGGCAAGUUUGUUGGGCCUGGGUUCAUGAUUGCUGUUGCGUAUAUCGACCCCGGAAACUACUCUACCGACAUUGCCGCUGGCGCAUCCUACCACUUUGAUCUUCUGUUCAUCGUCCUGGUGAGCAAUAUGUUCGCUAUCUUUCUCCAGAGCCUCGCCAUCAAACUCGGCACCAUCACCGGCCUCGACUUAGCAACAGCCUGUCGUGUUUUUCUCCCGAGAUGGAUGAACAUUGUCGUCUACGCUCUAUCCGAAAUCGCUAUCAUCGCGACAGAUAUGGCCGUAGUCAUCGGCACUGCUACGGCAUUACACCUGCUCAUCCCGAGACUGCCGUUACUCGCCUGUGUCAUUUUGACAAUCUUGGACUUUGUCUUCAUCCUCAUAUUUUACCGGCCCGACGGCUCCAUGCGAGGACUGAAAAUAUUCGAGAUUGGCGUCUGUAUCCUCGUGCUUGGGGUAGUCGUGUGUUUUUGCAUUCAGUUAUCGUUAAUCAAAGACACCACCGUUGGUCAAGUAUUCCGUGGAUACCUCCCGUCAGACUCGAUCGUGCAGAGCAACGGAUUAUACCAGUCCUGUGGUAUUCUGGGGGCAACAGUAAUGCCUCACAGCCUCCACUUGGGCUCUGGCGUGGUGCAGUCACGCCUCAAAGAGUUUGAUAUGAAAGCAGGAAACCUACGGGAUCUACCUCGCACCGACACGAUGACAACCGCCAACAGUUUUGAGAAGAUGUUUUACUUCCCCUCUAUGGCGGCCAUCAGACACUGCAUGAAGUUUUCCAUCGCCGAGGUCGUCUUCUCGCUGUUCACCUUUGCGCUCUUCGUCAACUCUGCCAUCCUCAUCGUCGCUGGUGCCUCGCUCUAUCAUGGCCAGACGACCUACGCGCCCGACAUCUUCGGUAUGCACGAUUUGCUGGCGAACAGCAUAUCCUCUGCCGCCGGAAUCAUCUUCGCCUUCGCACUUCUGCUCUCUGGAGUAUCGGCGGGGCUGGUGUGCACCAUUGCCGGCCAGCUUGCCAGCGAGGGCGCUUUGAACUGGCGAGUAAGGCCGUGGCUUCGCCGCUUGGUCACGAGAGUAAUCAGCAUCACGCCGACAGCCAUCAUUGUUGCGCUCGCAGGCCAAAAGGGGUUGAGCAACGCUUUGAAUGGGACGCAGGUUGUAUUGGGCACCGUGCUCCCCAUAAUCACGGCGCCGCUGAUCUACUUCACCUCGUUCAACAAGUACAUGACCGUUGUCCCAGGCGCCGCGACCUACGGAUUUGAUACAGGGGUUGUGCCCGCGAGGAGGUUUAGUACCGUCGGCGUGAAGAUGGCCAAUACGUGGUACGUGACUACGAUCGCGUUACUGAUUUGGUUGGUUAUUACAAUUAUGGUCCUGGCGAAUUUGGUAAUUCUAAUCACGUAG